UCAGGUCAGCAGUGUAGUCAAGGUGCACUUGAAGCCCAACGCUAAACAACUGGAUGGGAAGCAGAAAUGAAAGCUACGUUUAUCAGGAUAACAACACAAUAUAAGCAUAAUUUAAAAAGCCAUUAGAGUCCAUUUAACUCAAUGGAGAAUCUCCGUCGAAGCAGUGAACCACAGAAGGAUGGAGAUGAUAAGGGCCCAUUAGGAACCCUUCCUAUAGCUGCAGGCGAGGUACCGUCAGACCUCUACCAAAGUUUCCUAAGGCAGAGUGAGUAUCCCCCCAUCAUCCAGAACCAGUCCUGUCGGACCCUGGGGGUCCCAUACAAAGAGCAGCGCCACCACCGCACCCCUAGCGAGUCCAUCGCCAACAACUACAGCCCCUGCGCCUGCGACCUGAGGGUGCAACGUCUGCCACAGCGCCGCCACAGGACGAAGCACGACCCCCCUAACCCUUCCACCUCCUGUAUCCUUCAGUUCAGGUCCGGCCCCAGGGACCCCCCGGGCCCCAGGGACCCCCCGGGCGCCAGCAGGCGGCCCCUCAGUCCUGGAGAGCAGCUGGACCUCAUGCGCAGUGAGGAGCGGAGAAGGGAGGCUGCCGGGACGGGUCCCAGCGAGAGAGACCUGGAGAGGUACUUCCACUACGUGACCAACGGCAUCCCUGCCUGCAUGCUGGCCACCCUGCCGCCCCAACAGAUAGACAACAUCAUGGGGCUGCUGCCCCCUGUGGCCAGGGACAGUAGCAGCACCCAGAGCCUGCAGGACGCUCUGUUGCAGGAGGUGAAGGCCGACUACGACUUCAGUCUGAGGAAGAGCAUCGUGGACUACAUCCUGAGGGACAGGGCGGAGCGCGAGCGCCUGCUGAUCUCCAGCCGGCCCCGGCAAUACCCCCGGAGGGUGAUCCGCAGCCCAGUGCCCUGGAGCAGCCGGUACCGGGAGGCCCAUGGGUGGCAGAGCCAGCACCUCUUCACUACCAACCCCAUCAUGCUGCUCCUGCAGGAAGUCUGGUUGACCAGCUUCUCCUCCCUGAGGUUUGUGAGGCUGAAGGACCUUCUCUCCUCCAGUCUCCCGCUCCUUCCGUCUGAGUUUGGAAAGCUGGUGGAGACGCACUGCCAGGACGCCAGGAACGACCUCGUCAGCAGGUGGCUUCCACAUUGCUGCUCACUGCUCGGGGCCUUCAAGGGGCUGGGGGGCCCUCUGGGUCCGCAGAGCGAGGAGGCGCCCUCCCCGAGGGCCCACAGCGAGUUGUUCUCCUGCGUGGGGGCCCUCAUGUCCCUGCAGCUCCGCAGCCUGGUCAUCGCCUCGCUGCAGGACCUCCUCCACUUCAUCAGCCUACACCAGGUCCUACACCAGGUCCUACACCAGGUCCUAGACCAGGGCGGUAAUGACCUGCUCCAGGGCGGUAAUGACCUGGCCCAGGGCGGUAAUGACCUGCUCCAGGGCGGUAAUGACCUGCUCCAGGGCGGUAAUGACCUGCUCCAGGGCGGUAAUGACCUGCUCCAGGGCGGUAAUGACCUGGCCCAGGGCGGUAAUGACCUGCUCCAGGGCGGUAAUGACCUGCUCCAGGGCGGUAAUGACCUGGCCCAGGGCGGUAAUGACCUGGCCCAGGGCGGUAAUGACCUGCUCCAGGGCUUUGAUGAGCUGCGCUUCGUGCAGCCGCAGCCGCUGCUGCUCAGGGUGCUGGCCGACGGCCCCCGGCUGGUCUUCAGGCCCAGCCUGCAGGAGUGCUGGGAGCUCAUCCACAAAGCCUUCAGCGACAUCCUCCUCAGCGCAGAGCAGCUGCCGCGGGUGGAGUGCGAGCCAUCCCCACCGAGAGCUAGCCUGUGGCUGGACGCGGUUCGGCCCAAUGAGGCGCUGGUCACCAGUAUCAUCCAGCAGGCCCAGGACAUCUUCCACCGCAACACGCUGGGGCCCAGGCAAGACUCUGACCUUCGUAGGUAUGUGAAGGUGUAUGAGGAGUACAGCCUCCUACUGGACGGCCAGGCUGACCGAGACGUGACCUCCUUCCUGAGCGCAGAGCACUCUCUGGAGGGCUUCGCCAGGAAAAUGGAGGCGAUCAACGACUUGCGGCGUGAAAUCACCUCUCUCCGCGUGACCGUGCCUCUGGCGCUGUUCUGCCUGUAUGCCGGCGGCCUGAACGAAGACCUGUGUGAGCGCGCUGACAGACUGAAGAAGAGGAUCGCCACGCACCUGGUGGACGACAACAGGAGACGCAACAAGAGCAUCUGUCAGCGCUAUGAAGAGAUAGUCCAGACCCUGUUGGGGAGCCCUGGUUCCACGGAAGAGCUGGUGUCUCUUGCCCAGUACCUGAAGAACGCCAGUGAGGUCACUGUCCACCGGCUGAGGGAGGAGAUCCAGGAGGCGGCCCAUCGACUGAGCUUCCUCCUGGACUGCGCCGUGCUGCCUGCGGAGGACCUGAGGCUGAACGCCAGCGUGUUCAAGUGGCCCGACAGCCUCCUGGCUGUGAUGGACCAGAGCAAGACGCGCCUGGCCUCCUGCAGCUCACAGGCUGAGGACCACGUCUCAAAGAGGAUAACACAGCUGGAGCAGAUGUUGGAAUGUGUGGAGCAGGAGAUAGAGACGUUCAAGGAGAAGGAGUUGAUGAGUGUCACGGAGAUGAAGAACAACACAGAGCACCUGGAGAAGCUCACGGCCGUCCUGGACACUGCCUUCAUCGAGCUGGAAGACAUCCACAAGGAGCAGGGCCUGCUGGAGCAGCCACCCAGCGAGUUCCCUGUUCUGCAGACGCUGGUGGGCCUGAAGCAGCCCUACGACCUGCUGUGGAGUACCGCCCUCAGCUUCUACCAGCAGGCGGAGGUCUGGAUGAACAGCCCGUUCCAGAAACUGGAUGCAGAGAAGGUCUGUGAGCAGCUGGACCUCAUGUGGAGGACCGUGUACAAGCUGACCAAGCAGUUCUCCUCUCUGCCGGGCCCCCGUCGCGUGGCAGAGACCUUCCGCAGGAAGAUGGACCAGUUCAAACAACACCUGCCGGUCCUCUCUACCAUCUGUAACCCCGGCCUCAAGGAGCGCCACUGGGAGCAGAUCAGCAGCCUCGUGGGCUUCGAGGUCCGACCCGAUGGGGAAGCCUCUCUGGCGGCCAUGCUGGAGCAGGGCCUGUCCCAGUUCUCAGACAGGUUGGAAGAGAUUGGAGCUUCUGCCAGUAAGGAGUAUUCAUUGGAGAAGGUCAUGGAGAAGAUGAAGAGCGAAUGGGAAGAGCUCUGCUUCUCCUUCACGCCAUACAGAGAUACAGGCACCAGCAUCGUGGCGGCAGUGGACGACAUCCAGGUGCUGCUGGACGACCACCUCAUCAAGGCCCAGACCAUGCGGGGCUCCCCCUUCAUCAAGGCUGUAGAGGCGGAGUGCAGGCAAUGGGAGGAGAAGCUGUCCAGCAUGCAGGACAUCCUGGACAGCUUGCUGCAGUGCCAGGCCACCUGGCUCUACCUGGAGCCCAUCUUCAGCUCUGAGGACAUCAGCGCCCAGAUGCCCGAGGAGGGACGCAAGUUCACCAUCGUGGACGGCUACUGGAAGGACAUCAUGGCUGAGGCUGUGAAGGACCCGCGGGUGCUGGCGGCCACGGCGCAGAGCAACAUGCUGGGCAGGCUGACGGAGGCCAACCUGUUCCUGGAGGACAUCCAGAAGGGCCUGAACACCUACCUGGAGAUGAAGAGGCUCUACUUCCCCAGGUUCUUCUUUCUGUCCAACGACGAGCUGCUUGAGAUCCUGUCUGAGACCAAAGACCCGCUGCGAGUUCAGCCCCACCUGAAGAAGUGCUUUGAGGGUAUCGCCCGGCUAGAGUUCAGCCAGUCCCUGGAGAUCACCGGCAUGGUGAGCGCCGAGAGGGAGACCGUGGCCUUCUCUGCACGCAUCCAGCCAUCCGACGCUAAGGGCAUGGUGGAGAAGUGGCUGCUGCAGGUGGAGAACAUGAUGCUGAGGAGCGUGCGGGACGUGUCCCACCAGGGCCUGCUUCAGUACGCCCAGGUACCGAGGAAGGAUUGGGUUCUGCGCUGGCCGGGCCAGGUGGUGAUCUGUGCCUCCUCCAUCUUCUGGACAAGCGAGGUGUCGGAGGCCCUUCAGAGCAACGGCCUGCAGGCCUACGUUGACAAGUGCAACGCCCAGAUUGGUGACAUCGUCGAACUGGUGCGCGGAAAACUAACUGGAGGCGCUCGGGUGACUCUGGGAGCCCUGACGGUGAUCGACGUCCACGCCCGGGACGUGGUGGCCCAGCUGGCUGCGGAUGGCGUGUGGUCGCUCAACGACUUUGCGUGGAUCUCCCAGCUGCGCUACUUCUGGGAGGACGGCGACGUGAUGCUGCGCAUGAUCACCACCUGCCUGAAGUACGGAUACGAGUACCUGGGGAACUCCUCGCGGCUCGUCAUCACGCCACUCACGGACCGCUGCUACAGGACGCUGAUGGGAGCGCUGAAGCUCAACCUGGGAGGGGCCCCUGAGGGUCCUGCAGGAACCGGCAAGACGGAGACCACCAAGGACCUGGCCAAAGCCCUGGCCAAGCAGUGUGUGGUGUUUAACUGCUCCGACGGUCUGGACUACAAAGCCAUGAGCAAGUUCUUCAAGGGGCUGGCGCAGUCCGGGGCGUGGGCCUGCUUCGACGAGUUCAACCGCAUCGAGGUGGAGGUCCUGUCGGUGGUGGCCCAGCAGGUGCUGUGCAUCCAGCAGGCCGUGGCCAAGGACCUGAAGAAGUUCCUGUUUGAGGGCACAGAGCUGGCCCUCAACCCCACCUGCUCCGUGUUCAUCACCAUGAACCCGGGCUACGCAGGCCGCGCGGAGCUCCCUGACAACCUCAAGGCUUUGUUCCGCACUGUGGCCAUGAUGGUGCCAGACUACGCCCUCAUCGGGGAGAUCUCCCUCUACUCCAUGGGCUUCACCCAGUCCCGCAGCCUGGCCGGUAAGAUCGUGGCCACGUACCGGCUGUGCUCAGAGCAGCUAUCCUCCCAGCACCACUACGACUAUGGCAUGCGGGCCGUCAAGUCGGUGCUGACGGCCGCCGGCAACCUGAAGCUCAAGUACCCUGCGGAGGACGAAGGCGUGCUGCUACUGAGGGCCCUGAUGGACGUCAACAUGGCCAAGUUCCUGGCCCAGGACGUCCCGCUGUUCCAGGGUAUAAUCUCGGACCUGUUCCCUGGGGUGGUCCUCCCCAAACCGGACUACGAUCUGCUCUUCAAGGCUCUCAACGACAACAUCUCCAAACUCAAGCUCCAGCCAGUGCCCUGGUUUAUCUGCAAAAUCAUACAGGUGUAUGAGAUGAUGCUGGUGCGCCACGGCUUCAUGAUAGUGGGGGACCCCCUGGGGGGGAAGACCUCAGCGUACCAGGUGCUGGCGGGGGCCCUGGGAGACCUCUACGAGGCCGGGCUGAUGGAGGAGUGUGCGGUGGACUACUGCCUCAUCAACCCCAAGGCCGUCCCCAUGGGCCAGCUGUACGGCUGCUUCCACAGCGUGAGCCAUGAGUGGUCGGACGGCGUGCUGGCCACCUCCUUCAGGGGGCAGGCCGCCUCCCUCUCCGACCACCGACAGUGGAUCGUGUUCGACGGGCCCAUCGACGCCGUGUGGAUCGAGAACAUGAACACAGUGCUGGACGACAACAAGAAGUUAUGUCUGAUGAGCGGUGAGAUCAUUCAGAUGAGCUCCAAGAUGAGUCUGAUCUUUGAGACGGCUGACCUGGAGCAGGCUUCACCAGCUACUGUCAGCAGGUGUGGUAUGAUCUACAUGGAGCCCCACCAGCUGGGAUGGACCCCCCUCAGAGACUCCUACAUGGACACCCUGCCGGACAGCCUGGGCGCCCAACACAGGCAGCUGAUAAUGGAACUGUUCGAUUGGCUGCUUCAGCCGUGUCUGGACUUUGUGGCCCGGGAUUGUCGCUUCCUGGUCCAGACCUCCCCAAUCCACCUGGCAGGCAGUCUGAUGAGGCUGUACAGCUGCCUGCUGGAUGAGGUCGCUGCGUCGGGUGCUGAUGGCUCCGAGGGCAUGUCCAGCCAACAGACGACCAUGUGGCUGCAGGGCCUCUUCCUAUUCGCUGUGGUAUGGAGUGUGGGCGGGACCAUCAACGGGGACAGCAGGAAGAGGUUUGACGUCUACUACCGUCUUCUGAUCACUGGCGCGGAGAGCGAGCACCCGCCACCCAAGAACAUCCAACUCAGCAAGAGCAACCUUUUCCCCGAGAGAGGCAGCGUCUACGACUACUACUUCCAUAAGCAGGGCCCGGGACACUGGAGCCUGUGGACGGACUCGGUGAGCAAGGAGGACAGCGUCAUCCCCGCUGGCGCCAACGUGUCUGACCUCAUCGUCCCCACCAUGGAGACGGCCCGCCAGCUCUUCUUCCUGAGCUCCUACCUGGCCCACGAGGUGCCCGCGCUGUUCCUGGGGCCCACAGGCACGGGCAAGUCUCUGAUCAACAACAGCUUCCUGGUGCGGCUGCCCAAGGAGCGCUAUGUGCCCAACUGCAUCAACUUCUCCGCCCGCACCUCGGCCAACCAGACCCAGGACAUCGUCAUGGCCAAGCUGGACCGCCGCAGGAAGGGCGUGUUCGGGCCCCCCGUGGGGAAGAGGUGUGUCGUCUACGUGGAUGACCUCAACAUGCCGGCUAAAGAAGUUUACGGGGCCCAGCCCCCCAUCGAGCUGCUAAGACAGUGGAUUGACCACCACCACUGGUAUGACCAGAAGGACACCUCCAGACUGGACAUCGUGGAUGUUCUGUUUGUGUCUGCUAUGGGGCCCCCUGGUGGAGGGAGGAACGACAUUACAGGUCGCUUCACCCGGCACCUGAACAUCAUCUCCAUCGACUCGUUUGAUGACGAAACAAUGAGCAAGAUCUUUGGUUCCAUCACUGACUGGCACUUCAGCAGAGGCUUUGAGGCUUCCUUCUCCAGGCUAGGGAAGAUCAUGGUGCAGGCCACCAUGGCAGUUUAUAAGGACACUAUGGACAGCUUCCUCCCCACCCCGUCCAAGUCUCACUACAUCUUCAACCUGAGGGACUUUGCCAGAGUAAUCCGCGGUGUUCUGCUGGCACCGCACACACACAUGCAGGAAGGAGACAAGCUGAUCCGUCUUUGGAUACAUGAGGUGUACCGUGUGUUCUACGACCGGCUCAUCGACCACCAAGACAGGGAGAUGUUCUUCAACAUCGUCCAAGACAGAACUUCAAGUUUCUUUAAGCAGACCAUCGACAAGCUCUUGGGUCACCUAAGCCUGAACGGUAAAGUGGCAGACGAAGACAUCCGCAGUCUGUUCUUCGGCGACUACGGCAAACCUGACGCGGACCCCAAGAUCUACGACGAGCUGGGCGACCUGCCAGCCCUUCAGGAGGCGAUGGAGUUGUACCUGGACGAGUUCAACAGCUGCAGCAAGGCGCCCAUGGCCCUGGUCAUGUUCCGGUUCGCCAUAGAGCACGUGUCGCGGCUCUGCCGCGUGCUGAAGCAGGACAACGGCCACGCCCUGCUGGUGGGCAUCGGGGGCUCAGGCCGGCACAGCGCCACCAAGCUGGCCGCCUUCAUCAACGACUACGAGCUGUUCCAGAUCGAGCUGACCAAGGGCUACGGGCUGGCGGACUGGCGGGACAGCUUAAAGAAGGUGAUGCUGAAGACGGGCGUGGGGGGCCGCCGCCUGGUGUUCCUGUUCGGCGACAGCCAGAUGAAGGACGAGGCCAUGGUGGAGGACGUGAACAUGCUGCUGAACACCAGCGACGUGCCCAACAUGUUCCCCGCCGACGAGCGCGCCGACAUCAUCGACAAGGCGCAGGGCAUCGCACGGACGGAGGGCAAGAAGAUCGACGCCACCCCUCUCUCCAUGUACAACUUCUUCAUCGACCGUGUCAGGGCCAACCUGCACAUUGUGCUCGCCAUGAGUCCCAUCGGUGACUCGUUCAGGAACCGUCUACGGAUGUUCCCUUCCCUGAUCAACUGCUGCACCAUCGACUGGUUCCAGGCCUGGCCCACGGACGCUCUGGAGAUGGUGGCCUAUAAGUUCUUAGAGGACGUGGAGAUGGACGGUGAUGUUAGACUGGCAGUGGUGGAGAUGUGCAAGACCUUCCAGACAAGUGUUAGGGACAUGUCCGAGAUGUACUUCACCAGACUGAGGAGACACAACUACGUGACUCCCACUUCCUACCUGCAGCUCAUCCAGACCUUCAAGGCUCUGCUGAACUCCAAGAGGGAUGAGGUGCACACCAUGAAGAACCGCUACAUCAUCGGUCUACAGAAGUUGGGCUUUGCGGCCUCUCAGGUGACCCUGAUGCAAAAGGAGCUGACCGCCUUGCAGCCAGAGCUGAUCAAGACCUCAGCGGAGACGGACAAGAUGAUGGUGCAGAUAGAGAAGGAAACGGUGGAGGUGGACGCAAAGAAGGAACUGGUUUCUGCGGAUGAGAAGGUGGCCAAUGACGCAGCCGCAGCAGCCAAAGCCAUAAAGGACGAGUGCGAAGGAGAUCUGGCCGAGGCCAUGCCCGCCCUGGAGGCGGCCCUGUCAGCCCUGAACACCCUGAAGCCUGCCGACAUCACGGUGGUCAAGUCCAUGCAGAACCCCCCCGGACUGGUCAAGCUGGUGAUGGAGUCCAUCUGCGUCAUGAAGGGCAUCAAAGCCGAGAGGAGGCCGGAUCCCGGUGGCUCAGGCAAGAUGAUCGAGGACUUCUGGGGUCCGUCCAAGAAGCUCCUGGGAGACAUGAAGUUUUUGGACCACCUCAAAGCCUACGAUAAAGACAACAUUCCCGUUGCCUCCAUCAAGAAGAUCAGAGAGAAGUUCAUCGACAACCCAGAGUUUCAGCCGUCCAUUAUCAAGAACGUGUCGUCCGCCUGCGAGGGCCUCUGCAGCUGGGUGAGGGCCAUGGAGGUUUACGAGCGCGUGGCCAAGGUGGUGGCGCCCAAGAAGGCCCGGCUCAGAGCGGCGGAGGACGAGCUGGCCGUCCAGAUGGCCACGCUGGCCGUGAAGAGGGCGGAGCUUAAGGAGGUGGAGGACCGCCUGCAGGGCCUCAACCACACCUUCGCCGAGAUGAACGGCAAGAAGAAGGACCUGGAGGACAACAUCCAGCUGUGCUCCCAGAAGCUGAUCCGGGCAGAGAAGCUGAUAGGAGGACUGGGAGGAGAGAAGCACCGCUGGACCGAGGCCGCCCGGCUGCUGGGAAUCAGAUACACCAACCUGACGGGCGAUGUCCUGCUGGCCUCCGGCAGCGUGGCGUACCUCGGGGCCUUCACGGUCGACUACCGCGUGGAGUGUCAGCAGAAGUGGCACGUCCUGUGCAAGGAGAAGAAGAUCCCGUGCUCUGAGGAUUUCACCCUCGGCAGCACCCUGGGCAACCAGGUGGCCAUCAGGGCGUGGCAGAUCGCCGGGCUCCCCGUGGACUCCUACUCCACGGACAACGGCAUCAUCGUGUCCACCUCGCGCCGCUGGCCCCUCAUGAUCGACCCCCAGGGCCAAGCGAACAAGUGGAUCAGGAACAUGGAGAAGGCCAACCAGCUGGCCGUCAUCAAGCUCUCCGACGCUAACUUCAUGAGGGUUCUGGAGAACUCUAUCCAGUUCGGGACGCCGGUGCUCCUGGAGAACGUGGGGGAGGAGCUGGACGCGGUGCUGGAGCCGCUGUUGAUGAAGCAGACCUUCAGACAGCAGGGCGUGGACUACAUGAAGCUGGGAGAGAACAUCGUGGAGUACUCAAAGAACUUCUUGUUCUACAUGACCACUGGGCUGAGGAACCCUCACUACCUCCCCGAGGUGGCCGUCAAGGUCUGCUUGCUCAACUUCAUGAUCACCCCUCAGGGCUUGGAGGACCAGCUGUUGGGGAUCGUGGCGGCCAGAGAGAAACCUGAGUUGGAGGAGAAGAAGAACCAGCUGAUCCUGGAGAGCGCGGCCAACAACAAGCAGCUGAAGGCGAUCGAGGACCAGAUCCUGCAGGUGCUCUCCUCCUCAGAGGGGAACAUCCUGGAGGACGAGACCGCCAUCGAGAUCCUGUCCUCCUCGAAGGUCCUGUCGGAGGAGAUCUCGGAGAAGCAGAAGAUAGCCAGCUUCACCGAGACAGAGAUCGACCGGACGCGCAUGGGGUACCGUCCCGUAGCCGAGCACUCCUCCACGCUGUUCUUCUGCAUCUCGGAGCUGGCCAACAUCGAGCCCAUGUACCAGUACUCCCUGGGCUGGUUCAUCAACCUCUACCAGCAGUCCAUCUCCCAGAGCGCCCAGAGCCAGGACCUGAGUGAGAGGAUCGCCCACAUCGUCCGCCACUUCACACUCAGCAUGUACAACAACGUGUGCCGCUCCCUCUUCGAGAAGGACAAGCUGCUCUUCUCCCUGCUCCUCACCGUUGGGCUCAUGCAGAGCAAGGGGCGCGUGGACCCCGGGGUCUGGCGCUUCCUCCUGACCGGGGGCAUCGCCCUGGACAACCCUCACCCCAACCCGGCCCCCGAGUGGCUCUCAGACAAAUCCUGGUCCGAGAUCGUCAGGGCAACCAAGCUGCCUAACCUGGGGGGGUUCUUUGAGCACGUCCGAGACCACCUCCCCCGCUGGAAGGCCGUGUACGACUCGGGGCGGCCCCAGGAGGAGGCGCUGCCUGACCACUGGGGGGCGCUGGCGGGCAUGGACCGCCUGCUGAUGCUGCGCUGCUUCAGGCCGGACAAGCUAGUGCCGGCCGUGGAGCAGUUCAUCGUUGACAACAUGGGGCGGGCCUUCACAGAGCCGCCCACCUUCGACCUGGCCGGGAGCUACAGGGACUCGAACUGCUGCUCUCCUCUCAUCUUCGUGCUGUCACCAGGAUCGGAUCCCACUGCAGGUCUGCUGCAGUUUGCGGAGGACCUUGGGAUGGGGGGUAGAAAGACGCAGACCAUCUCCCUGGGCCAGGGCCAGGGGCCGAUCGCCGCCCGGAUGAUAGAGCGGGCCCUCACCGAGGGCGUCUGGGUGGUGUUGCAGAACUGCCACCUGGCCACCAGCUGGAUGCAUGCGCUGGAGAGGAUCUGUGUGGAGAACAUCACCCCCGAGAAUACGCACCCCGACUUCAGGUUGUGGCUCACCAGUUAUCCAUCUGACAAGUUCCCGGUCAGCAUCCUGCAGAACGGCGUGAAGAUGACCAACGAGCCCCCGAAGGGCCUCAGAGCCAACCUGCUGCGCUCCUAUUCCAGCCACCCCAUCAGCGACCCUGACUUCUUCUGCGGCUCCCAGAAGCAGGAGGUCUGGCAGAAGAUGCUCUUCAGUCUGAGCUUCUUCCACGCUCUGGUCCAGGAGAGGAGGAACUUUGGACCACUGGGAUGGAACAUCCCCUACGAGUUCAACGAGUCGGACCUGAGGAUCAGCAUGAGGCAGCUCAAGAUGUUCCUGGAGGAGUAUGAGGAGGUGCCUCUGGAGGCCCUCACCUACCUGACGGGGGAGUGUAACUACGGAGGCAGAGUGACGGAUGACAAGGACCGGCGCCUGCUGGUGUCACUGCUCUCCAUCUUCUACAGCUGGGAUGUGAUCACGCAGCCAGGCCACCGGCUGUGUGAGGGGGAGCUGUACUAUGUCCCGCCCCACGGCCCGCACCAGACUUAUGUCGACUACAUUCGCAAUCUGCCGAUUAGCACAGACCCGUGUGUGUUCGGACUUCAUGGCAACGCUGACAUCACAAAGGACAACCAGGAGACCAAUCAGCUGCUGGAUGGAGUGCUGCUGACUCUGCCCAGACAGUCUGGGGGCGGGGCCAAGUCCCCCCAGGAGCUGGUGGACGAGCUGGCGGAGGACAUCCUGUCUAAACUGCCGGCGGACUUUGACAUGCAGAUGGUGGUGGAGAAGUACCCGGUGCGGUACGAGGAGUCGAUGAACACGGUGCUGAGGCAGGAGCUCAUCCGCUUCAACAGGCUGACUCAGGUGGUGCGUCAGAGUCUGAUCAACACCUGCAAGGCUCUGAAGGGGCAGGUGGUGAUGUCUGCGGAGCUGGAGGGGGUCUUCAACAGCAUGCUGGUGGGCAAGGUGCCCGCCUCGUGGGCCGCCAAGUCCUACCCGUCCCUCAAGCCCCUGGGCAGCUAUGUGGCCGACCUGCUGGCCAGGCUGGCCUUCCUACAGGGUUGGAUAGCCGGUGGCCCCCCUUCAGUCUUCUGGCUCUCUGGCUUCUACUUCACCCAAUCCUUCCUCACCGGAGUAGCGCAGAACUACGCCAGGAAGAACGCCAUCCCCAUAGACUUUGUCGGCUUUGAAUUUGAGGUGACCCGAGACGAGACCAACACCGACCAGAAGCCGGACGACGGGGCCUACGUACGCGGGCUCUACAUGGAGGGGGCUCGCUGGGACCGGCACCUGAUGGUGAUCGGAGAGUCCCUCCCGAAGAUCCUGUUCGACCCUCUGCCCGUCAUCUGGCUCCGGCCCGGGGAGAUGUCCGGGUUCAAGCAUGAGAACGUCUACGUGUGUCCCGUGUACAAGACCAGCGCACGGCGCGGGACCCUGUCCACCACCGGCCACUCCACCAACUACGUGCUGCCCAUCGAGCUGCCGUCGGACCGGGCCCAGAACCACUGGGUGAACCGGGGGGUGGCCUGCCUCUGCCAGCUGGACGACUGAGCAAAACCAUCUCGGAUUGGACGGAAGAGUUCUGAAAGCCAUAGGACCGAGGAAAUGUAUCCAUGUUUACAAUAUCGAUGGAGUAGUCGAUAGCUACAUAUACAGGAGAAGAAAAUAUUUUUAACGAAAAUGACCUUAAGUACAAGUCUUAGCUCCUUGUACUUCAUUUGUAAUUCUUUAUUUUACUACACUACAUUCCAAAGCAAACAUGUAUUUUCUCUGUACAGAUUAAAGUUAGGAUGUAAAAGUUA